CCUUCAGACUGUCCUGGUGGCCUCCGGCCCAGCCAGCCGGUCCUGCGGAGCACAGCUCAUUGUUCAGAAGAUCCUUAUCCUGCCAGACUUCGGAAAAACUCGUCAGCGGCAGCCGUGACACUUUACAGCCUCAUCCAACCAGUCCCUCGCCUCAUCGCUAAAACUACAGGCCACGAGUAAUGCAGGCCUGCCUCCUGGCUCAACAGCCUAGUAAAAUUGCCUCCGCGGCCGCUCGUGGCGCCAGCCGACCGCGUCUGCGCCUCCUCGGGCACGACGUGGAGCCCGCCUGCUGGUCGAGCCCCCGUCGGAGGCGCUGGGCUUGCGCUGCCCUCCAAAAGCAAGGCGGGCGAUCGAGCACGGCCGCGGCUCUCGAGCUGAACCAGCUGUACAUCGCGCUGAGCGGCCGGUCGCCUGGAGGGAAGAAGCUCUGGUCGAGCGCGCGGAUCAGUGGAGACAAGUCCUGUGACCCACGCGAGGACCCGCAGGUCUCCCGGGUCGCCUCUGGGGGAAGUCGACGCCUGGGUCGCCCCUGGACCGGCGACCAGGAGACCCGUGCGCGGAAAUGCCGAGAGGACGGCGGGGGAGCGUCGGACCCCCGGGGUGGAGAAAGGCGGACGUGGCACCCUACGCUCAGAUCGGGCCUGUCCCCCCCCAUGCAGGGGGAAUUUGAG